GCCCCUUGCCGUAGAGCUGGCCUCUCUUCAUGUGACGUGUUGAGAGUAUCAGCCCAUCCAUCUCCGCAGAAGUCCUGGGAAGGAGUCACUUAACACCUCCAUUUCAGAAUUGGAGCUGCCCAGGGAAAAUGAAGCAGGGUCAUUUGCUCAAGGUCCAGCCUGCUUUCACAGAAUUCUAAUCACAUAUCAAAGAAGCUCUCCAAAUGAAGGGGACAAUGCCGGGCACAUCGUCACCAGCCUGGAGCAAGGAGCCAGUGAUCUUCAAAGAUGUAGCUGUGUUCUUCACCCCGAAGGAGUGGCAGCUGCUGAAUCCUGCUCAAAAGGACCUGUAUAAGGAGGUGAUGCUUGAGAACUAUGAAAAUGUGGCCUUUGUAGGGCUUCAGAAUUUCAAGCCAAAGUGGAUCACCAGGUUGGAAGAAGGGGUUGACCUUUAUGCCAAGGAGAAAGCUGCCCUUGAAGGUUCACAACAAGGUGAUGGCAAAAUCUCUGGAAGCAAUGAUUCCGCAGGAAAGAAGACAAGCAGUCAAUCAGAAACAAGCACUCAAUCAAAGACAUGCAGUCAACCGGGGACAAGCAGUCAAUCAAGGACAAGCAGUCAAUCAAAGACAAGCCGUCAACGGAAGACAAGCCGCAGCCGUCAGCGGAAGACAAGCCGCAGCCGUCAACGGAAGACAAGCCGCAGCCGUCAACAGAAAACAAGCCGCAGCCGUCAACAGAAAACAAGUUGUCAACCAAGCACAAGCACUCAAUCGAAGACAAGCAGUCAACCAAUAAUAGGCAGUCAACCCACGACAAGCACUCAAUCGAAGACAAGCAGUCAACCAGUAACAGGCAGUCAACCCACGACAAGCACUCAAUCGAAGACAAGCAGUCAACCAGUAACAGGCAGUCAACCCAUGACAGGCAGUCAAUCGAAGACAAGCAGUCAACCAGUAACAGGCAGUCAACCCAUGACAAGCAGUCAAUUGAAGACAAGCAGUCAACCGAUGACAGACAGUCAACCCAUGACAAGCAGUCAACUGAUGACAGGCAGUCAGCUGAAGACUACAUUUCCAAAGCCAGACAGCUCUAAGAUGCCAGGACAGGGUAAGGUAAAGGAAACAGUCCAAAGCAGUGGACCCCAGAAUUUGAUAGCAGAAAAGGCAUUGGAAAAUAACCAUAGUCAGUCUCAGAACAAGGAGACAUGUGCUCCGAAGGUCACUACAGAGUCGUGCAAAAAUACCAUUCCUAACGAGAAAGGUCAGGAAUCUGUGACCUUGAAGAAACCUUUGAGUCAAACCUCAGCAACCACAACACCCAAGAACACCCCUCAAGCAAUGAAGACCCUGAGGAAAGACACCACAAAUUCCAAAAAGCAUCGGCGCCCCCGGAAGGGUAAAAACCACUUUAAAUGUAAGGAGUGUGGGAAAACCUUCAACCAGACCCUCCACCUUGUGGAGCAUGAGCGAAUUCACACAGGUGAGAAACCACACAGAUGUGAUAAGUGUGGGAAAUCCUUCAGGCACAUCUCAUACUUCUUCACACACUACAGAAUUCAUACAGGGGAGAAACCCUACAAGUGUCAGGAGUGCGGUAAAGCAUUCAACAGCAGCUCUACCCUCAACAGUCACUAUAGGAUCCACACAGGUGAGACACCCUUCAAGUGUGACGAGUGUGGGAAAACCUUCAAGCAGAGCACAAAGCUCACUCGCCACCAGCGGGUUCACACUGGGGAGAAGCCCUACAAGUGUGGAGAGUGUAAGAAGUGCUUCAGCCGAAACUCCUCCCUGAAGGAGCACAAGAGGAUCCACACUGGAGAGAAGCCAUACCACUGUAAGGUGUGUGGGAAAAACUUCAGGGUCAAUGCCCAUCUUUCAGAGCACCAGCGGCUCCAUCAAGAGGAGAAGCCCUACAAGUGUGAGGAGUGUGGGCGGCACUUCCGAAAUGGCACUCACCUGUCAGAACACAAGCAGAUUCAUGUUCCUGGGGCUGAAGAGGACUGCCCAGAGUGUGGGAAAUCUUUCCCCAGCAAGGCAACCCUCCUUAAGCAUCAAAAAAGGCAUAGUGAAGGUUCCAAGUAUCGUUGUCAAGGAUGCGAGAAGUCCUUUAGGUGUAAGUCAAGCAUCGAAAGGCACAAGAGGCUGCAUGCCGGAGAGGCGCCUUAUGUGUGCACUAAGUGUGGAAAAGGCUUCACCGACAAGACCACCCUGAAUAAUCACUGCAAAAUCCACACUGAAGACCGGCCAGAUCCAUGCAGCCAGUGUGGGAGAGCUUUCAGACAUCAGGCUACCCUGUUGCUCCACCAGAAAAUUCAUGACAGAAAGAAAAAGUGACUUCUUGGCAUGAGAAAAGGUCAUUAGCCAGAGCUUAUACCUUUAUGCCACCAGAAAAGUCAACAGGAGGAAACUUACCUAAAUGUGCAUUUCCCUCACUUCUCUGUUGUGGUUUUCUGGCCAUCUAACAGUCCUCCAUAUAAAAGAGAAAUUUACCCUUCCCACACCUGAGCCCUUGGUUCACUAUAAGGAGACAGGUUUGGUUAUUCCAACUGAGAGAUAUGCUACUAGCAACCAGCAUCUAUAGAUAGAGGCCAGGGAUGCUGACAGUGUACCAGGCAGGCUCCCUCCCCUUCCAAGAACAAAGGAUGUUCUGGACCAUAUAUUAAACAAAAGCCCUAUGGGUAAUUGAAUUUGAGAAGGAAUUCAGAUAGAAUUUUUUCCACCACCCAAUACAAUAACCACUAAUGAGGUGUGGCUAUGUAAAUUUCAAGGAACCAAAAUGAAAGCAUAAAUGCAAUCACUUAGUUGCGUCAACAUUUCAUAAUCUCUCAGUGGCCAAUCACUUCUAUUUGAGGCACCAAAAAUAAAAGAAUAUUUCUGACACCAUUAGAACAUCCUAUGUAGUGCCGGUGUAGACCUCAGUUAUCAAAAUUAUCACAUGGGGUAACUCUGAGCAUAUGAGCUAAUAGGACACAACUUUGGAACAUUAUAAUCAUAUUUUUCUUAUAGCCAAAUGUAGCAUUUUAUAUGUUUUCUAAGUACUUUAUAAAGUCCAUGAUGUUUGGGGCACUUUCAGGUCUUGAGUUGUCCAUUGCCCACCAACAGGCCUCCUACCUCCCUUGUGCCUGGGCACAAUGAUCAGUAGGUUACUGAUAACAUCACUGAUACAUUGGAACAUUCAUUGAUUGCUUUCUACCUAUCAAGUAUGGUGCUAAAAUCUUUACGUGUGUUAUCAUAGCUAAUUCUCACCAGCGUCAUAUGAAGUAAGAUCUGUUAAGAUCCCCAAUUUUUAGGUGAGAAAGUCAAGGGUUUUCUUUGAGAACCUAUUUUACUUCCUUUCUCCCUUCCUUGACUCU